AUGGAACUUGAAGAGGCCAUGAAAGAAAUAAGUUGGGAUAUUUUAGGAUUAGCAGAAAUCAGGAGGAGCUACGAAGAAGUAGUAGAAAGAAAAAACGGACAUAUAUUCUGUCAUGCAGCGGCCACAAGGGGUCAUAGGGGAGUUGGAUUCUUCGUCAACAGAAAACUAGAAAAUGGUCUUUCAGAGUUUCAGGCUGUCUCUGACAGAAUUGCGUUCCUGCGAGUGACAGUCGAAAAUUUGAAAUUAUUCAUUAUUCAAGUGCAUGCACCAACAUCGGACAGCACAGAAGAAGAAACUGAUGGAUUCUAUGAGAAGGUGGAGGAGGUGAUGACAAUGACGAGAAAUGGAGAGCGAUUGUUAAUAAUUGGAGAUUUCAAUGCAAAAGCUAUUAGGAGAAGUUAUGGAGAUAGGAGUAGCAGUAGAUAUGGUGAUGUGGAAUCUACAAACGAAAAGGGAGAAAGACUUCAAGACUUCGCACUGAUUAACAAUCUGAAAAUAAUGAAUGGUUUUUUCGAAGGAAAUAUAGAGGAAAGAUGGACAUGGAAGUCUCCAGUAUGUGGUUUGCACGAAAUAGAUUAUUUCAUUGUUAGGAAAAACAAUGAUAUGGUCAGAAAACUGGAAAUAAUUGAAAAUUUCAAUUAUGAUUCGGACCACAGAUUAUUGAUGAGUGAAAUGUUACUCCACAAAAGAAGAUUCUACAUCAAGUCGAAACAAAUGAGAGUAGAUGAGCUGAAUGGGGAAAAUUUUAUGGAAAAUCUAGAAGUAGAAUUUAGGAGGAGACGCAUAAUGGAAAUAAGUGGUAUUGAAGAAAUGUAUGAAAACUUGGUGCAAUCCAUAUGCUCUGCUUCUGACAAAUUGGCGAGAGAACAGCAUGCGAACAGAGAAACAGGGAGAAGAAGGAGUAAUAGGAUUUAA